ACGCAUUUGCUUUAUCCGGUCUUGGACUUCACAUCCAUCCACGGUCGUCGUCCCCGAGCAGCUUUCUCCAUGGCAGAGUCAAUUCUCGAGCAGCUAAGGAACGGAACUGCUCGGUUCGAGCUCGCCGCCUCCCCCGUCCUUUCAAUUUCAGCUUCCAAUUCUCCGGUGAACCCAACGGCGUCGUUCGGGGACCACAGCCACCGGUUCUUCGCUAGAAUUGGACCGCCACUGUUAAUUUCCCACUCCAUGUUUCAGCAUUUCGUCGUUUUUAGAUUUUCGUUUAAUUUUGUUUGACUUCAUAGGAAUUAAACCCUAAAGUUCGUACCUUUUCGUUUUUACAGAGGCAGGAUCAUCGGCGAUGAAGAAAGUUGAACGUUUAUCGGUUCAGAAAGUUACCGGCGACGGACGCUGUUUAUUUCGUGCUCUGGUGAAAGGAAUGGCUUUGAAUAAAGGGGUUCCUCUUAGCCCAAGGCAAGAGAAAGAUGAUGCAGACGAACUACGGAUGGCUGUGAAAGAGGUUAUAUGCGAAGAUGAGGAAGAGCGCCUUAAGUAUGAACCUGCUCUGGUUGCAAUCAUCGUCGAUGAGUCCUUAAAGCGUUAUUGCCAGCGCAUCAAUAGACCGGAUUUCUGGGGAGGAGAGUCCGAGCUGCUGGUGCUGUCAAAGUUAUGUGGGCAGCCAAUCGCUGUUUACAUACCGGAGCAUGAGCAUACAAGUGGUGGACGGGGUUCCGGUUUCAUUCCGAUUGCAGAAUAUGGAAGCGAGUUUACUAAAGGUUCUAGAAACAAGGAGCCCAGAAAGGUUGUGAGACUCCUAUACAGUGGCAGGAACCAUUAUGAUCUGCUUGUAUGAGAGAGAGAGAUGCAUUUUGUUGUUGUAUAACUAUCAAGAAAGAUUUAGAAUUUAAUACAAAGUGUAUUUUUGUUUUAAUUUAAUAGCAAUGUGUCUUCUUUUGUUUGCC